UGCACAUAGCAUCCAAACACAGAAUUUCGGGUGGGAGACAAGCUGCAUGGCGAGAUUUGACCAGCGGGGAGCUAAAGGAUAUGGCAAGGGCAAAAACGGGUAUUCCUCCAGCGGGUUGUCGCGUGCAGCUCACGAGGAGGUUUCCAGGACCCUGGUUCGCAUUUUACGCUAUGAGGCAAGCAAAUAUUCGCUGGUGAUAUCGCCAGAAGGUUGGGUUUCUCUAGACGACCUCAUGCAGAAGUGCAAGGGACAGAUCAAGAACUCACCUGAUGAGGUCUUAUCGGUGGCCCUUGACAGUGAAGGCUCUCAGGGCAAACGCUUUGAAGUAGAUGCGUCCAAACAAUGGAUCAAAGCCAGGUACAGGCAUGGGCCUGGGCAAAGUGGGAAAGGAAAGGGGCGAGGCAAAGGCGACAAAGGCGACAAAGGCAAUGAAAAUGCAGGCUGGGAGAACCACCAGAACCAGCAGAACCAGCAGAAUUCUUACUACGAUGGAGCUAAGAAUGGAGGAAAUUAUGGCUAUGGAGAAAAUAAGAAUGGCGGAAAUUCUUAUGGAGGAAAUGGUUCGGAGUACUCCAGGUACAACUGGCAGAGUCAGAGUGGAGAAGAUCCCUGGAUGAAAAAUGGAGAUCCUUGGGGAGGUUGGCAGAGGUAUGAAAAGAAGACCAGCGACGACGCCACUGCCACAAGUGCCGACGCCGGUGCCUCCGGUGCCGGCCCUGCUGCGCCGAACCCGUCGCCGUCGAAAGCGGAUUCCGAGACGAAGCCAUCGACAGAGACGAAGCCAUCGACUCAGCAGACCCAGCAGGCCGAGGCCGAGGCCGGCGAGGCCACGAAAGAUCCAAAGACGGAACGAAGCUCCAGUCACGGGACCAACGGAACGAACGGAACGAACGGAACGAACGGAGCGAACGCGACGCAUGGGACGAACGGAGCGUGGCACAGACGAAUUGACAUGGAGACUUCGAAGACCUCGAAGACCCCUGAAACCUCAGCCUCGUCAAGCCCAGGUGUUGAGUCUUUCGACAUCUCCACGCCCAGGAAUAAGGGAGAGAACUGGCAGAAGUUCAUUGACCCACAGAGUGGGAAACGGUGGCUACACCACACAGACACAGGUGAAUAUUUUUUCGAAGAUCGCGCCGGUGAGCAUGGUUGGAGCCAGUAUGAUUCUGACUUGGGUGUUUGGUGGCACCAUGACAGAACUGAACGCUGGUUCUUUGAUCCCAAAGUUGCUCAGUGAGCAGAAGCGGCGUGACCUGUGACCGCUGUGCAGACCCUACCAGGGUCUGUGAUAAUUGUCCAUAUGUUCUGAGGACCACAAUUUUAAUUGCCAUGUGCGUUGACAGUAACGUGUUCCGUCUGCUACAAGUGGCUGAAGGCAACUCUUGCA